UGCUUCAGAAAUGCUAAUAAUUAUAAUAAAAGAUGACUAGUAAUUUUAUGUCAUGUGCAAAUAUGACAAAUUAACAGGUGUGUGAACUCCACGAGGUAUUUCAGGAUAUCUGGACACAUGCAUUUUUUUUUCUGCGUCUAUAUAAACUCUUUAGUAAUUCCCCCCAAUUCUCAAUUUUGUACAGUGUAAUUCUUGUACUUUCUCUCUCAAUCUCAAAAUCCAAAAAAGAACAUAUUUUUCCCCAGAACAAUUACACAAAACCAAUCCCUCUUACAAAAAGAAAAGACAUCAUGCAAGCUCACCAAUACAUUACUUCUUCAACACCAGCUUUCUUGCCGGUAGCCUCUAAAUCGCCGUCAUUUACAUGCAAAAUUAUGAUUAAUCCAUCCAAGACAACAACAACACUUCCCAAGAAGCUAAAGCCGGCACCGCCACCGCCACCGCCACCGCCGCUUCUUCCGUCAUCUCCUCCGCCGCCUACAAUUUUGCCUCAAUUAGUUGAACCCCCUAAAUUAAACCCAUUUCAAAGAUUAGCAGCUAAGGCAUUGGACGUGGUAGAGAGCUCAAUUAUAAACGAGUUCGAAAAGAAGCAGAAGCUAAACCGGAAUGUUGACCCGGUUAUUCAGCUCCAAGGGAAUUUCGCCCCGGUUGAAGAAUGUCCGGUCCAGCAUGGACUCCAGGUGGUCGGUGAAAUCCCGUCUUGCUUAAACGGAGUCUACGUCCGAAACGGUGCUAACCCGCUUUUACCUCCGAUCAACGGACACCACCUGUUCGACGGAGACGGGAUGAUUCACGCCGUCACGUUUCGUCCGGGGAAUGACGUCAGCUACGCUUGUCGUUUCACCCGGACGAAUCGGUUGGUCCAAGAAGCGGCGUUGGGAAAACCGGUAUUUCCCAAGCCAAUAGGCGAAUUGCAUGGCCACUUGGGUCUGGCUCGGCUUGGCUUGUUCGCGGCUCGAACCGCUAUCGGCUUGGUGAACGGCUCAUUUGGCUCCGGCGUGGCCAACGCCGGCUUGGUUUACUUCCACGGCCGGCUCCUAGCCAUGUCGGAGGACGACCUACCCUAUGCCGUCCGCAUCACAGACGACGGCGAUCUCGAGACGGUCGAGCGGUUUGAUUUCGGCGGCGAGCUUCAUGACCCGGUGAUCGCGCACCCGAAAGUGGACCCCACAACCGGCGAGCUCUUCACGCUGAGCUACAACGUUGUUAAGAAGCCGCACCUGAAAUUCUUCAAGUUCGGGGAAUCGGGCCAGAUGUCACGUGAUGUGUCCAUCACACUCAAGCAGCCAACCAUGAUCCAUGACUUCGCCAUCACGGAACAUCACGUGAUCAUUCCGGAUCAUCAAGUGGUAUUCAAGUUAUCCGAGAUGUUCCGGGGUGGUUCGCCCUUGGUGUAUGACCCGAAUAAGGUCUCCCGAUUCGGUGUCUUGCCAAAAGAUGCCGUUGACGAAUCAAGCAUGAGAUGGGUUGAUGUCCCGGAGUGUUUUUCCUUCCAUUUGUGGAAUGCAUGGGAGGAUCACAAUGGAAACGGUGAAAAGGAAAUUGUGGUAAUCGGGUCGUGCAUGACUCCGGCGGAUUCUAUAUUUAACGAGCGUGACGACCAAAUCAGGACCGAAUUGACAGAGAUCCGAUUGAAUAUGUCAACGGGCGAAUCAACCCGACGGGUCAUUGUAUCCGGGUUGAACCUAGAGGCAGGACAAGUAAACAAGAGGAAACUUGGCCGGAAAACAAGGUUUGCAUAUUUGGCUAUAGCUGAGCCAUGGCCUAAAUGUAGCGGCAUAGCAAAAGUUGAUUUGGUCACCGGAGAUGUGACGAAAUUUAUGUAUGGAAACCAAAGAUUUGGUGGUGAACCGUAUUUUGUGCCCGGAAAAGAAGAUGAGGAGGAAGAUGAAGGAUACAUUAUGAGUUUUGUGAGAGAUGAAGGAAGAGGAGAGUCUGAAUUAGUGAUAAUUAAGGCCUCAAAUAUGAAGCAAGUCGCACUAGUUAUAUUGCCCUCUAGAGUGCCAUAUGGUUUUCAUGGCACAUUUGUUAAUUCAGAAGAACUAUGCAAGCAAAAAGCUUGUUGAUGUAUAUAUUUUUUUUGCCCCAAGUUAAUGAGACUCUUCGUACAUGUUAGACUAUCGAACUUCUUAAUUCAUCGAACUGCAAAAAAAAUAAAACGUUACAAAUAAUAGUCAAUCUCUUAGAUUUGCUUUAAUUUGAUAGCCUCUGGAACCUUUCUACGAUAAAUGUCCUUAUGUUUUUUUCUUAUACAUACCACAUCAU